UUGAUUCUGUUAAUCCGGGGGUGUGCGGCCCAGGGGCCAUUUGUGGCCCGCGACAAGUUGUAAAAAUAUCAUAUACCAAGAAAAGUAAAAAAAAACACAACAGCACAGCAAAAAUGGAAACAUCAGCAGUAAUUUUACGAGAACAAAAGUGAAAAUAGAGUAAUUUACGAAAAUAACGUAAUAUGAUGAGGAAAAAUAUAAAAGCAUAAAGCUGAAAUAUUAAGAAAAACACCCUAUUUUUUAAAGUCAUCAUAUUGUGACAAACAAAACAAUGAAUAGUGAAAUUCUUGGAAAAUUAGGUUGCAGAAAAUUGGAACUAUUAUGGGAAUAAAGUUGUAAUUACGAGAAGAAAAUUUACAAGAAAGUUGAAAUUGUGGAAUUUUCUCUGGUCUCUGUGAUAGAGUGCUUUUGGAGACGAAUUUAUCCAUCUAUUUAGUGCAAAAGGGGAAAUAAUCCUAAUCAUGACGAAGACGAAAUGACAUCACAUUAUUACGUUAUGUUGACCUUUUUUUCCACCUCUAAGAAGCAAAAAAUCGGGGUGUGGUUUAUACACGAUGACAGGUCUGUGACCAGACUCGGACUGAAAAAUAUCAGACAACGCUUCUACAACGCUUCAGCGGAAGAUCACUCGUACUACAAGCCGGGUCACACCGCCUGAACUUUGCUGUAGCGUUCCUGGAGCGGUAAAAAAAAAAAUGAAUCACCGCUCGUUCACCACCGUUUAACAGAAGUUGGACCCCGUUAAGGCAACGCCGUAUCCGCUCGGCCACCGCUGAUGGUCCCUCCUCCCGCUCCGAAAGUUUUGAGCUGCACAAAAUAUUACGAGCAGCCAAUUUUCCGCCACGGCAAAGUUCAUCACGGCUCUUGCUAGACGCAAGUUCGUGGACGCUUGGGUCCGCUAGGCUAGAAUUUGGCUAUAAAUACCGGGAGACAUUGACCACAAGCGCAUUUGGAAAGCCGUCUGUGGGUCAGGCAGUUGCUUUGGCUUUAGCGCCCUCUGCUGUACAGUUGCUGAAAAUGUUUGGGUGUGCUUGAAUAAACGUUGGAGUUUAUUCAAAUUCACACUGAAGCAAUGCAACAUUAUGUAAUUCCAUUGCAGAUGAAUUGAUGGACUUCUUCUUUUUGAAAUUGCUUCGUACCUUUACGCAUGUUGAUUUGAGAUGAAAGAGUUGGCAAGCAUUUAUGAACUCAACUUUUUUUUUUUCCUCACCGUGAGCCUGAAAAUGGGGGUGCGGUUAAUACACGGGUGCAGUUUAUACACCGUGAUUUACGGUACUCAAAAUAACCACACCUCGCAAAUGGCUUGGCGUUACGUAUGCCUGCCGCCGUAUUCCUGCGCGCUGUCGCCUGAGCAUUCAUGAAGCAUCGUCCACUGUGGAACACGUCCGAAAACAAGAUGGUUGCGGAAGAGUGGCAUUACCGCGAGUGUUCAUCCCACACACGUGAAUGCACAGACGACAGUGCAGGGAUACGGCAGGAAUAGCGCCAAGUGUUUUGUGAGGUCUGAUUUUUUUUUUUGAGAAGGGCAUUUUCAUGACGCAAGUGUGUUACUCUUUUGAACACACAUUAUUUGGACAAGCCAAACUCUUGACUUAAUUGUCCUCCGCAAGAGAAAGGUAGUCCUCCACACGGCUAACAUCUGAUCGGUGCUUUCAUGAUAGCAGUGUCAGUGUGGAUCUUGUUGGAAAAUGAUCCGAUCGGACAAGUCUUGAUGGGCAACUCCUUGGUGAGAGCUACCGUCAACUGCGCCAUGAUUUUGAGUGUCGUGGUCUUCCUUGUGGGCCUCCUGGGAUGCUUUGCAGCCAUCCGUCAAAAGCAGUUCUUGCUCAGCUUUUUCUUCAUGGCCGUCGGCUUCAUCUUCAUACUGCAGCUGCUUUGUCUCAUCGUGGUCUUUGCAAACCGUGCAAAACUCCAAAAGAAAGCCUUCCAUGACCAACUGUAUGAAGCAUAUGAAAACAAGACUCCAGGCCCUCAACCCGCUGUACAGUUAAAGGGAAAUGAGGGAAACAGUGAAGUAACUCCUAAAGAUCAUUGGAAGAGCGUCAUGGUUGAGUUUGAGUGCUGUGGAGUGGACGGCCUAGAAGAUUUGAAGAAUACAACUUUAGAAGAAACUGACAGUUCAGAUCCAUCAGUCAAAGAGCAUAUCUGCUGCACGGUGAUGCAGGUCGAAAAAGAGAAAGAAGUUUGCAAGACAUUCAACAAAGAACACAAUGUCGCCAAAGAUUUUCAGUUGGUGGGCUGUUAUGAAAAAGUCCUUUCCGACUAUGAGACAUACCCCUUUCUUGCUGCAGCGCUGUUCAUUGUGGUACUGACAGUUGAGGUCUCUGCCAUGUUCCUUGCGGUGAUGCUCUACCGGGAAAUCUAGCAGCAACUCCCAUCUGAAGUUUUUCGAGGAAGAAAGAGGAAAUGCAGGCAGAAAGACGAUCAACAUUUGUAAUUUCAUUGAAUUUGUUGUCUAUUUAAUAAUUGUUUGGGGAACACAUGAAAUUCUUAAAACUGUAGUAGUUCACAGUUGGACUUUUGAGUCACUGGGUAACCAAGUAAAACAAUUGAGUUCAGUGGAAACUUAUUUGUGGACAGUGUCUUGUAGAUAAUGUAAUGUACUGUUAUGUGCAUAAUGUACACCUGACAUGAGGACCAAAUAAAGCCUAAUAAGGCACUGCACUGGCUUUUGGAAUCAAGUCAAAUUUGCUCACCUGUUGACAGUUUUUAUAUUUGCAUUGGCUGUUACCCGUUCUGUCAGGUUCAAACAACCUAAGACAUUCAUAAAACAAAGACUGGAGAAA